AUGAAUCAACAUAAUAUUAGUCUUCUUGAUUUACCUAAUGAAAUAUUACUUAUGAUUUUCAAAAAGCUCGAUAAUAUGUAUGUUCUUUAUUCAUUAUUACUUGUAAAUAAUCGACGACUUGACGCUUUAAUACAAGAAAAUAAUUUCGCUAGUAUUCUCAAUUUUAUAUUACCAACAUCACUUAAUCAUACUCACACGCCUGUUAUUCCAAGCGUUGAUCAAUUCUGCACUUCAAUAUUAGGAAGAAUUAAUCACAAAGUUAAAACUCUUAUUGUUGGUUCAUUCUCUAUGAAAGACAUUCUUUAUGCUGCCCGAUAUCCUAAUUUAACUGAAGUUAAACUCUUUAAUGUUGACAGCUUGACUAUUUCAUUGUAUUUUACAGGUAAAUAA